AUGGGAGUCACAGGCGAAGCCGACCAUGGCCUACCCCAGGGAACAGAUUCCAUCGUAUUUCAUGGUGUCCUCUCACCCGAGGUGGUCAGGGAGCACUACAAGAUGAUGCAUGCGGGAUUGACCGACGAUCCACUCGCCCUGGAGGCCCCGACUGGAACGGAAGCCGCGAAGUCUCAAACAAAACACAGAAGACGAGGCCGUCCUCGAAUGAACGAGAGUGAGGAAAUGGCCAAUGACAAACGGAAGCGGCAGAUUCGUUUAGCGCAGAGAGCCCAUCGGUCCCGCAAAGAGGAAAGGAUGGCUUUUCUUGAAACUAAAGUCACCGAGCUGGAGCAGAAAAUGGCGAAUAUUCGCAGGUUAUGUCUUGGUAUCCGCGCCACUGUUGAGGGCACAGGGUCUUUAACAACUUCACCAUCUUUGUGGCAGUCCCUUCAUCAUGACACGCUGCAAUUACUUUCUAUUACUGAGGUUGAUCGUCCGGGGGAUGAUUUCUCGAGGAUAGAUCUCUCUCGCAUGCUCACUGAGAACAAUCAUCCCGACAUUGCCUGGGAAGAUGCACUAUUUAACCCCAACGAGCUCGCGGCAACUGCUUCUCCCAUGUCCAGUGAUGAUCAGAUUUACCCGGGCUUUCUGCCGCAUGGCAAUGAUCAUGUUUAUCUCGACAUUCUACCGGAGAAUAAUGAUCUCGGACUACAACCAAGCGUUCAUUCCUCUUUGCAACAUGACAUGUCGCCUCACGGUCUGAUAUGGAACCAGAAUGCUCCAGUUACACUUGCCAGUUAUGUAUAA